UCCUCCCCCUCAACCCCGGCUGUUAGUGGUGUGUGAGUGCGUGUGUGCUCCUGAGCUCGCUCGGCACACAUUCUAUAAAAAAAAAAAAUACAAAAAAAAUUUCAAAACAUAAAACAACCAAAAAAUCAUAUUCUUUUUAAUUUUUAUUUUCAUUUUUUAUUUUUUUUUUGUAACAAGUCGGUGAAGCUGGAGUAGACAUCCGAGGACAGGACGGUAACGUAUAAGUAGGAGCUGCCUAGAAGAAAAAAAAUCGGAACGACUAAAGUGUCAGUUGACGUGUUACUGCUACAGAAGCGAGGCCAAGUCACGUUCUAUUUGCUUGCAUCGUUGUGUGUCAGCUCUGAGUGACAGUUUUAAUCCCGUUACAAGUCGACAGUCUGCCAUUUUAAUACACUCACCUUUUAAUUUUUUUUAAACUCAAAAGCACCUCAAACUCAUAAGGCAACGGUUUGCUAACGUGUACCAGUAGAAAUUCUGCCCCGAGCUGACGUGACGCGAGGGACCGUUAGGGAACCGAGAAUUCUUGGUGGGAAACUUUUUUUAAAAAACAUUUUUUGGGGGAAAAUUAAGCUUCGUCCGAGCAGGUUUCGAGCGUACACGGGCUACGAACAUGAACCCCAGCGCUCCGAGUUACCCCAUGGCCUCCCUGUACGUCGGGGAUCUGCAUCAAGAUGUGACAGAGGCCAUGCUGUACGAGAAAUUCAGCCCAGCCGGAGCCAUCCUGUCGAUCCGGGUCUGCAGGGACAUGAUCACCCGGCGUUCCCUCGGAUACGCCUAUGUCAACUUCCAACAGCCAGCGGACGCUGAGCGUGCACUCGACACCAUGAACUUUGACGUGAUCAAGGGGCGGCCCGUGCGCAUCAUGUGGUCGCAGCGUGACCCGUCACUGAGAAAAAGCGGUGUGGGAAACAUCUUCAUCAAGAAUCUUGAUAAGUCCAUCGACAACAAAGCUCUGUACGACACCUUCUCUGCCUUUGGCAACAUCCUGUCAUGCAAGGUGGUUUGUGACGAGAAUGGCUCUAAAGGCUACGGCUUUGUGCAUUUUGAGACUCAGGAGGCCGCGGAACGAGCCAUUGAGAAAAUGAAUGGCAUGCUGCUCAAUGACCGAAAAGUAUUUGUGGGCCGCUUCAAAUCUCGCAAAGAACGCGAGGCUGAGCUGGGUGCCCGAGCCAAGGAGUUCACUAAUGUCUAUGUUAAAAACUUUGGUGAAGACAUGGAUGAUGAAAAGCUGAGAGAAGUGUUCAACAAAUACGGAAACGCCAUGAGCAUCCGCGUCAUGACCGAUGACAACGGAAAGUCUCGAGGUUUUGGGUUUGUCAGCUUCGAGAGGCACGAGGACGCCCAGAGGGCAGUGGAUGAGAUGAACGGGAAGGAGUUGAACGGCAAGCUCAUCUACGUUGGCCGCGCCCAGAAGAAGGUGGAGCGACAGACUGAGCUCAAGCGCAAAUUCGAGCAAAUGAAACAAGAUCGCAUGACUCGCUACCAGGGUGUCAACUUGUACGUGAAGAACCUUGAUGAUGGAAUUGAUGAUGAACGUCUUCGAAAGGAGUUCUCACCCUUUGGCACAAUAACCAGUGCAAAGGUCAUGAUGGAAGGAGGGCGAAGCAAGGGCUUCGGCUUUGUCUGCUUCUCGUCCCCAGAAGAGGCCACCAAAGCGGUGACGGAAAUGAACGGACGCAUCGUUGCCACCAAGCCUUUGUACGUAGCCCUGGCCCAGCGCAAAGAGGAGCGUCAAGCCCACCUGACAAACCAGUACAUGCAGCGCAUGGCCAGUGUGCGCGCAGUGCCAAACCCAGUCAUCAAUCCCUACCAGCCAGCCCCACCCUCUGGCUACUUCAUGGCAGCCAUACCUCAGGCCCAGAACCGUGCCGCUUACUACCCAGCUGCUGGGCAGAUGGCUCAGCUCCGCCCGAGCCCACGCUGGGCCACCCAAGGUGUCCGGCCGCAACACUUCCAGAACAUGCCGGGUGCCAUGCGUCCCUCAGCGCCACGCCCUCAGACCUUUGGUGGCAUGCGACCAAACUCCCAGGUGCCGCGCAUGAUGUCCACCCAGCGUGUCGCUCAGACCAUGGGGCCCCGACCAGCCACUGCAGCUGCUGCAGCAGCCGCCCCCGUGCGUGGAGUCCCUCAGUACAAGUAUGCUGCAGGCGUCCGCAACACCCAGCAGCACAUGACUCAGCCACAAGUCAACAUGCAGCAGCCUGCUGUUCAUGUUCAGGGACAGGAGCCUCUGACCGCCUCCAUGUUGGCUGCUGCUCCACCACAGGAACAGAAGCAGAUGCUGGGUGAGCGUCUUUUCCCGCUGAUCCAGAACAUGCACCCAAGCCUGGCAGGAAAGAUCACCGGCAUGCUUCUGGAGAUCGACAACUCCGAGCUGCUCCACAUGCUUGAGUCACCAGAGUCUCUCCGCUCGAAGGUGGAUGAGGCAGUGGCUGUGCUUCAGGCCCACCAGGCUAAGGAGGCCGCCCAGAAGACUGUGACAAAUUCAUCUGGUGUCCCAAGUGUCUGAAUCCAAGGAGUGGGGAUCCUUGAGAGACUAGCUUCACCGACGGACAAAAGAAUCUAACAGCAAAAAAGUUGAAAAUACAUAAAACAGAGUAAAAAGAAGUCAAAUAAUAUAUUAAAAAAAAAACAAACAAUGGUAACAAGUCUCCAGUCAGGCCUGUAAAUGAGCAGAAGCAGCAGGCCUGGUUUGUUGAGUUAAAACAAUAAAAAAUGCAUCAAAAAAAGAGAAAAAGUUAAAAUAGAAAAUGUUCCAAUUUCUGAGGGGUUUUAGAGGAGAGUUUCUUUGACAAAAUCUGAUUGAAAGCAUUCCUUUCUGCCAUUUUAUCCUGUUUAAAUGUUUGAAUGUUUGGGCUGUAGCGGCCUGUUAUUGUGAAAUAUCCCCCCUGACCUUUGCUUGCUUGAAUAAAACUUUAAAAAAAAA